CUCCUUUCGAGGUAAGGCGAUCCUCCCCACCGCUUCUUCCUGUAAUCUUCAAGUUCUUUCAGACUCCAGCUAAGCCGUGGUCUGAGGAUGAGCUAACCACAGCAGGCACCAUGAGACGCUCUAAAGUAAUCAGGAAGAAGACUUCCAAAACCUGAUGUGAUGUCUCCUCCUGGAGACGAGGCGCAAGGUGCAGGGAAGGGGCGGUGGCCUGAUCCAGGACGAUGACGGUGCAGUGCUGAAGGGUGCGCUGGAGGAGAGAAGCAGCGGACACCAUGGAAAAAACCAAAACAAAGCAAGGAGAGAAUGAACACAUGCCGGUGAAUAACCCUUCCACCCAGAUUUACCAGUUGCAGGCCCUGGCCUCGGAACUGAAAACUGGCUUCACAGAAGCGAUGCAGGAACUGACGCGCAUCCAGCAUGGAGAAUAUGCUUUGGAAGAGAAGGUCAAGAGCUGCCGAUGUUCCAUGGAAGAGAAAGUCACCGAGAUGAAGAAUUCAUUAAACUACUUCAAGGAAGAGCUGAGCAACGCAAUGUCAAUGAUUCAGGCCAUCACUUCCAAACAAGAAGAAAUGCAGCAGAAAAUUGAACAGCUUCAACAGGAAAAACGAAGAGAAUCGCGAAAGGUUAAAGCCAAGAAAACUCAAAAGGAAGAGCAUGGCGCACAGGCCGGACCUGCAUCUGCGCCUGCGCAAGCGCAAGGGAGCCCCUUCCGCUCCAUCAAUGUCCCCGAGUCGGGUCAUCCCAGUGAAGACUUCAGCAACAUUUUGCCUUCUCAGACCUAUGAAAAAGCCCAAGAGUCCAGGUCUGUUCAUGUAGGGGAUGGCAAUGUGAAGGGAAUGAUGGGCCCUGGGGUGACCCCAACAAAUCCAGAAGCCGAUGAAAACCUUAAGCCUUCUCUCUCAGCUGAGAUCCAGUCCAAGGGCCAUCACACGCCUGGCCUGUGGAGACAGCCUAAGGAUGGCAAAGAAUGGGGCGAGGAGUAUGUCACAAAAGAUCACCCCGAUAAACUCAAAGAGGCUGGCCAGGGCAGACACAGUUCCCUGGAAAAUGUCUUAUGUGAAACCUCUCUAGCUGCAAAAAGGCAGACUGUGGCUCUGGAGCUGCUUGAAUCUGAGCGGAAAUACGUCAUUAACAUCUCCCUGAUCCUGAAGAUAAAGGCAACAUUCCAGGGCUCAGACGGAAAGAGGAAUUCCAAGGAGAGAAGCCUUUUCCCUGGCUCCUUGCGCUACCUUGUCCAGCAGCACUUGGAUUUGCUUCAUGCCCUGCAGGAGAGGGUCCUGAAAUGGCCACGCCAAGGAGUUCUUGGAGAUUUAUUCCUGAAGUUGACAAACGAUGAGAAUAAUUUCUUGGAUUAUUAUGUUGCCUACCUGAGGGAUUUACCCGAGUGCAUCUCCUUGGUUCAUGUUGUGGUUCUGAAGGAGGGUGAUGAGGAGAUCAAAUCCGACAUCUACACCCUGUUCUUUCACAUCGUGCAGCGCAUCCCGGAAUAUCUGAUUCAUCUCCAGAAUGUUCUGAAGUUCACAGAGCAGGAACACCCCGACUAUUACCUGCUCCUUGUGUGUGUCCAGCGCCUCCGCGUCUUUAUCUCUCAUUACACCCUGCUGUUUCAGUGCAAUGAAGAAUUGCUUAUUCAGAAACGGAAAAAGCUCAAAAAGUCGUCCAUGGCAAAGCUGUACAAAGGGCUGGCUUCCCAAUGUGCCAAUGCUGGCCAAGAUGCUUCCCCUGCUGCAGGCCCGGAGGCUGUUCGUGACAGUGGGAUCCACUCAGAAGAGAUGCUCCAGCCCUAUCCUUCGGCUCCCACUUCUGCCCCUGCUGUCACGCAUUUGAUGCCCUCGGCGAAGAAAGGCCAACAGCAGCAGAGCCUCAUGGAGAGCAUGCAGCCUGGGAAGCCGGGGGACUGGGAGAUGGAGAGCAGAAAGCACGAGCGGCCCGAGAGCCUGCUGGCCCCGGCGCAGUUCUGCGCGGCCGAGCAGGACGUGAAGGCGCUCGCCGGGCCGUUGCAGUCCAUCCCGGAGAUGGACUUCGAGCCGUCCCCGGCCGAGCCGCUGGGCAAUGUGGAGCGCUCGCUGCGCGGCCCGACCGAGCUCCUGCCCGACGCGCGCGGCUUCGUGCCCGCCGGCUACGAGGAGUUCGAGUACGGAGGCGAGAUCUUCGCGCUGCCCGCGCCCUACGACGAGGAGCCCUUCCAGGCGCCGGCACUCUUCGACAACUGCUCGCCCGCCUCCUCCGAGUCCAGCCUGGACAUCUGCUUCCUGAGGCCCGUCAGCUUCGCCAUGGAGGCCGAGCGGCCCGAGCACGCGCUGCAGCCGCUGCCUAAGAGCGCCACGUCGCCGGCGAGCAGCAGCAGCGCCUACAAGCUGGAGGCCGCGCAGGCGCAGGCGCACGGCAAGGCCAAGCCGCUGAGCCGCUCGCUCAAGGAGUUCCCGCGCACGCCGCCCGCCGAGGGCGUGGCCCCGCGCCUCUACAGCACGCGCAGCAGCAGCGGCGGCCGCGCGCCGCUCAAGGUCGAGCGCUCAGCCGCCCCGCACGGCCCCGCCGCCGCCGCCGCUGCCUCCCGCGGGGCGCCGCGGACCUUCUUCCCCCAACAGAGGUCCCAAAGCGAAAAACAGACCUAUUUGGAAGUAAGGAGGGAGAUGCACUUAGAGGAUGCCACCCGAUUCUGUCCCAAGGAAGAGAGAGAGAGUGAGCAGACUUCUUUCAGCGAUCAAAAUCCCAGGCAAGACCAGAAAGGGGGCUUUCGCAGCUCCUUCCGCAAGCUCUUUAAAAAGAAAAAUGGGAACGCAACUGGUGAAGAUUUCUGUGGUCCUUGGGGCUGGUGGUGACAUCAAAGCUUUCCCAUUUCCAGGUAAACUCCAGUUGCAUGUGGGAACCUCCAAGUGUGACGUGUUGGGUUUUGGAGAGAUCAGAUGUAGGUAAGAGGGAAAAUGUGAGGUGAAGUCUCAAGUGUAGAUUAAUAACUUCAUUGAGAAGUUGGCAUGGGGGAGAACAAUUGAGAAGAGGCUGCUGCCAUUGAACUCCUGCUUCCUGCCCUAAAACACAAGGGCUUUCGGGCUUCCAGAUCAUGGAACAUAGGGAGAGAAUGAAUAGCUAGGAUGCAUCUUACUAACAUUUGAGUUACAACUACACUAACCAGGGAUGAUUUGAGCUGAAGGAGGCAGGAGUUCUGAGAACUGAAAGCAAGCCUGAAGUUUUAGGGAGGCUGGGAGUUUGUUUACAGGGAGUGUAGGCUGGUCCCUGAGAAGAAAAGUUCCUUCCACCCAGAUACCUUCUUAUCUCCUGAGUAUCCAGAUGCACAGGAGCUGAGGGAGAGUAAUUUUCCUACAUUCACUGGGACAGUGGGAAAGUACUCCUUUCCAAUCAGAAGUAAAGCAUGAUGGGUAGCUACAGCUUCUUUUCUGAUAUCAAACUGAGAACUAAAAAUAUCUAGUCCAUUCAUCAUGUUUCCAGACAUCUUUAGUCUUCCUAUAGGUCUAGUGUUUUCACUGGAAUACUAGAAAAGGAUGUUUGAAUUCUUCCCAAUAAGCUCAGUAAAUUUAGACUCAUAACUGAUAAGAAUAAUUAUUAAUAGCAAGGACUUGGACUGAGGAUAUAUAGCAAUAGAACACUUGCAUAUGAAGAUCCUGGGGACAGUUCCUAGUACCACCAUAACAGAACAAAAUAAAGCAACCCUCCCCCCAAAAAUAACAAGAAAAUCUCCUGAACAAACAAGGACUCAAAGAUAGUGUACCAAUGUCAGUGAAGGAGCGUAGAGGCCAGUUAUCCUGCUGUGGUGUUUAGGGAAAGCAUGCCUGAUGCAGCGUACGGAGAAACUGUUUACUUGAACAGGAGCUUUAUAGCUUCGCUUUCAUACAUCCCACACAAGGACUUGUGGCACUGGGUCUUGGUUAGUGGGCUAAUUUUAUACAUUCUAGCUCCAGGUUAAAGUCAGUGAGAGGGCCCUGGGCUAGUUGUGUGAGAGGUAUUUCUAGAGAGCCUCCUCCCUCUAGGGACUUCUGACAUGAACAGACUGGAGAAGGUACAGAACUGGAAUGGAUUGCCCAACUGGUUUAACCAAGAGAAAGGAAGAAUGCACCCUGGACUGGGGACUCAAAUGGACUGAGUUGACUUUUGAUUAGUCUUGGGCUCCUUUGUGGUGGUUGAGAUCACUGUACUGAUUUCUGCAUUCUACUAAAUGUAGCAAUAUG